GUUGCCUUAAACUACCAAACUAGUGGUGAAGCAAUGCAGCUCAAUCAUGGUCGAUUCAUGGACAAUGGUGGUGUGGGAUAUGUUCUCAAGCCAUCAAUUUUGUUAUCAGGUAGAAACUUAUUCCCUUAA